AUGGAUGGUCAUACCACUGUUCGAGAUUUUUCUGCAUUACGACACGUUCACGUAUGGUGGAACAUACUAGCUGUUCGAGUUUUGUUUGUGUGGGACGACGUUGAACAUGAUAGACUUCUUAUUUGGCUGCUUGAUCGCAACAGAGACAAAAUGAUCGCAAUUGUCCCACGGGUUUUGAGGUCAAUUUUGAACAUGAAUUUGGUUGGACGCGUUAUCUCCUUAAAUCAUUUCCGAAUGGAUCAUUUUUACAAAGACCACCCAAGAUAUCAACAUUAUAAAAUUUUCUUUGGCGAGUGGGAUAAUAUUUUGGUUUCAACUGCAUUAACCGAUGUCACGUUAGAUCCAAGAAUGCCGGAAGCUGAUAGGAUUCGAAUGAGAGAUAGGGAAAAUAUUUAA